GCUGCUCCCGGCCUCCUACAGGUCUCCGCUGUCACACUCCGCGGGCCCUAGGCACCUUCUCCACAGCUGGUGGCAGUGCAUGUUGAUGCUUAAUACCGGUACAUCUACCAAAACAUGAAGGCUAAAACCAAAGGAAAGAAGCAAAGGCAUACUGUUGACAAAGAAGCAUUUUCUGAGGAGUCUGCAAUGAGAAAAAAAGAGCUGGUGAAAUGUUUGCGACACAAAGAAAGGAGGAAUGGGGGAAACAAGGAGAGCAGCAAGAUCACUACAGCCAGAGCCAAGCAUCCUUGGAGCAAUAAGGACAGGCGUUUGAGGAGACUGGAAAGCAAUGAGCGGGAGAGGCAGAGAAUGCACAAGCUCAACAACGCGUUCCAGGCUUUGCGGGAGGUGAUCCCUCAUGUGAGAGCGGAGAAUAAACUUUCCAAAAUAGAGACUCUCACACUGGCCAAAAAUUACAUUAAAUCCUUGACGUCCAUUAUACUCAGUAUGUCCAACGGACACUUGCCAGCAGCAGAAGGGAUGGGGGAAACCUGGGUGUCCAAAUUGUACCAGCAUUAUCAACAACACGGGGAUGGUGAUCAUGAGGAACAUCUACAAAAAUAUUCCACAUAGAUUCACAGCUUCAGCCAAAACACCUACAGUUAGCUGCUACCAUGAU